UCUUCUUUCUUCCAUGGAUUAUUAUUGUUGACAGAGGAGAGAGGAGAGAGAAAGAGAGAAGACAGCUGCAUGCAAAUAUACCUUCUUUAAGACUUUCUCUCUAUCUUUCAUUCAUUCAUUCAUUCUUAAUAGCUUUCUAUAAUCGAGAAAGAUAUUAUUAGGGCAAACAGCCACAGAAAUUCACCUCUUCUUCUCGAGUAGCUAGCUGUCACUUCUGCAUUCAAUUGAUCGACUUUCUUUUCAUUCUUCUUUCAAUUUGAUUCUGGAUCCAACGAUUUUAGAUGGGUCGUUCUUAAUUAGUCAUUCAAGGUAAGUAUGAUUGAGGGCGACAAGUCUUUUGUUCGCUCAUCUUCUUCUACAAACAACAACGUAAUGUCAGAAAUUGAGAUAAAACCUAAAAGGGUUUAUCAGCUGUGGAAAGGAACCAACAAAUUCUUCUUAGGAGGAAGAUUGAUCUUUGGUCCGGAUGGAGCAUCUCUUUUCUUGUCUAUCUUGCUAAUUGCAGGUCCUGCAAUAGCUUUUCUUGUCAAAGUAUAUUUUAGUAUCAGCAGGACUGGUGCUCAACAUAUCACUCUUUGGUAUUCUGUCUUGGCUGUUGGAUCUAUUCUUACUAUUCUGGCUAUUACAUUUCUGUUAUUAACUGCCAGUAGAGAUCCUGGAAUUUUGCCAAGAAAUUCGAAGCCACCCGAGUUGGAUGAUCCUUGUGAGAUUCCAACACCAUCCAUGGAAUGGGUUAAUGGAAGAACCCCUCAUUUGAAAUUACCUCGAACUAAAGAUGUGAUUGUAAAUGGGCACAUGAUAAAAGUAAAGUUCUGCGAUACUUGCUUGCUUUAUCGUCUUCCCCGUGCUUCUCAUUGCUCCAUCUGCAACAACUGCGUUCAGAGAUUUGAUCAUCAUUGCCCGUGGGUUGGUCAAUGCAUUGGAAUACGUAAUUAUCGAUUCUUCUACAUGUUCAUAUUGACGUCAACCAUCUUAUGCAUCUUUGUAUUUACUUUUUCCUGGAUGAACAUCAUCUGGAAAGAAGGGAAAGUCUUGAAGGCCAUGCGACACGAUAUCUUCUCUGUUUUCCUCAUCGUGUACUGCUUCAUUGCUGUUUGGUUUGUGGGUGGCCUCACAAUUUUCCAUUUCUAUCUCAUCUGCACAAAUCAGACAACAUACGAAAACUUCCGAAAUCGUUAUGACAAGAAAGAGAAUCCAUACAACAAAGGCACAAUGAGCAAUCUAAGGGAGGUGUUCUUAUCCAAGAUUCCUCCUUCACUGAUUGAUUUUCGGUCAAUAGCCCAUGAAGAAGCAAUUUGUAUGGAUCACAUUACUCCUAUAAUAAGGGAUAACCUUGAGGACUACUCCAAAGAAAAAUUAGAUAACGAAUUGCGGUCCAAACUGACAGAAGACGACGACGCCCUUUCAUCACUCCCCUCGAUUUUGAAGAAUUUGGAUUAUGGUGAUAUCGAAGAGAAUGUUAAAAUCAGGGAAGACAAUGAGAUCGAGUUUAUCUUUCCCAUUGAAGAAGAGUCUUUGAUUGGAGUGGAGAAUCACGUCAUCCAAAUUGGUGUUAUAGAAAACGGGGCUAGCAGGAAGGAAGAUUAAUAACAACCCGAAAAAUUGAUACAUUUAGAAGUAACUAUGGCUUCUUGUGGUUCUUUAUAGUGUUGUAAAUCACCUUUGAGUGCUCUCAUUAAUUUGAAAUAGAGCAAAAAGACUGCCUAUUGGAGAAACUGUAUGAUUCAUUUCUUUUGUUCCUAGUUUUUGAACAAUAUUUAUAGGUGUAUUUGGUCUUUUUGGCUCUUAAGACUUUGUGAAAAUGAAAGUUACAUUUCUG